AUGGCCACCAGGAAGCGAUCUGCUGGAAAUGCGACGGAGGAAAGUGCAAAACCACCUCCCAAAAAACCUGCUUGUGAGGAUAGUUCUGAAAAGAAGCAAAAGAAUGAUAAAAUCAAGAAGGAUAAGAAGAAGAAGAAGGGAAAAAGGAAGUCACAUAAAAAGAAAAUUAUUAAACUCACCGCAGAUGUUAUGAGAGUCUCUCGAAACUACGAAAGAGAUCAAAUACGAAUGGUUCUUCAAGAAUCUGAAGGUUCUCCUCUGAUCCUAGCCAUCUGUAGCUAUGAAUGUGGAAGAAGUGUCAAGUUCGGUGAUAAAAUACAGAUUGAGGCGGAAGUGAAGAAAAAAAAUGAUUCGAACGUUGCUACCGAAAUUCAGUUUGAUAAGAUUCUGAAAAACGACAACAACGGUGCCAGGAAACACAUCUCUCGACAUUCAAUUUCUUGUCCACCAUUUUGCAACAAGCCAAGAUUUAUCCAUGAGCUAUCGGAUCUGGAAAUCAAAAAAACUGUUUUACAAGUCAAUGUUCUAGAUUUGAAUUUAGAAAUUUAUACAGGAUGUGUCAAUUGUAAGCAUGCAAUCACUCCAGAAACUGGCAAGAUUCAGUGCUCCGAGUGUAGAGAAUCAAAAACGAAGACAAUGGUUUUUGGAAGGAUGCGAGUCAUGGACUUCUCUGGACAAAUAUACGUCAAUGUGAAAACGAAAACGAUGCAAAAGUUUUUAGAUAUGUUUGGAUAUGAUGACGUUGAUCAGUGGAUCCAAUUUAAAGAACCACAUGAACGUGCGAACUAUGUCUUCCAAGCGCUGAUGAUCGAAAUUGAAAAGGAUUUGUCAAAUGAAUGGGAAUGCACUGAUGUUGCAGAAAUGAACUGGCGGGCUUACGCGGAUUAUUUGAAGGAAAAGGAGGAGAAACAACUACGACGAGCUGAAAAGAAGAUGAAACAAUUGUCGAACCAAAACGAUUCACAAUAG